UGCCAGGCAGAAAGAAGAGCAAGAGAUGGAGGAAAGGCGUAUUCAGGAAGAAAUGAUGCGCAGGGAAGUUCCUCCACCAGAGCCUGAACCUAUUCUUGAAGAAAGUGUUGAUGGAGCGAUGGCUGUUGCACCACAAUCCGCCAAGAAAGAACAACGCGAAGCUGCUGGACGACCCAAGAAAGUUAUUGCUUCUCCCACGUCCCCGCCGAGUGUGCCGACGACCACUCGGGCUAUCGCUGCUCCACUGCCUGGUGGUAUUGGUCGGAGCAGAACCGUCUCAGAAGAGACCAAAUCUACUGGUCGAAGUCGCAUGUCUGAACCAGUCAGCGGCUCUUCUACCAGUUCGGGUAAAACA